AUGCCGCCGGCCGAGGAGCCCACGCUCGACGUUUUGGAUGCAGUGGACUAUGACCCAAUCGACCAUUUGAACGCUAUAUUCUCACAUCCCUCCACCCUAUCCUCCGUCUCUCAGAUCUCCGACGCGCUCCAUACCUACGAAGAUGAAUUGGACUACGACAUCAGCACGCUGGUGGAGGAGCAGGUCACAUCCAAUGCCGAGAGUGUGGAAAGAAUCCAGACAGCCAAAGCGGAUCUAUCGGAGCUAUUUAAGAAGAUCGAUGAGGUGCGAGAGCGCGCGUUGACCACUGAGCAGGCGAUCACGGAUAUGACCGCCGACAUCAAGCAAUUGGAUAAUGCAAAGAAGAAUCUUACGCUGUCGAUGACGGCACUGAAGCGACUACAAAUGCUUACGACCGCGUACGAUCAGCUGCAAGUGCUCAGUCGCACCCGACAGUACAGCGAAUGCGCGCAGCUUCUCCAGGCGGUGAUUCAGCUCAUGGCCCAUUUCAAGUCGUACCGAUCGAUCGACCAAAUCGCCAUUUUGAGCCGAAACGUGGCAGACAUACAGCGGGAUCUUUUGGAGCAAGUUUGUGAGGACUUCGAGAUCGCCUUUGCUAAAAACGAGGUGGCUCAGAAGCGAGGGAUUCUUUCGGAGGCUUGUUUAGUCGCUGAUGCACUAGGCGAGCAUGCUCGAUCCCGCCUCGUGACUUGGUACUGCAAUACCCAGCUCCGAGAGUAUCGCCAGGUCUUCCGGAACAAUGAAGAGGCUGGAUCCUUGGACAACAUCUCUCGAAGAUACUCGUGGUUCCGACGGAUACUGAAGAUUUACGACGAAGAGAACGCGUCUAUCUUCCCGGCCUCUUGGAGAGUGAAUGAAAUUCUGGCCAAUGUUUUCUGUGAGGGCACACGAGACGAUUACAAGGGUAUUCUGGCUCGGUCGGUGCGCAGCGGCCAGGCAAUUGAUGUCAACCUGUUGCUCUCGUGUUUGCAAGAAACACUGGAGUUCGAGCAUUCUCUUGAACGCCGCUUUGCACCUUCAUCUCGUGCGUCCACAGACACUUUUACUUCGACCGAGAUCCCUACGUUUGGACAAUCUAUCUCCGAGGCAUUUGAGCCGUAUCUCAGCGCCUGGGUGGAAGCACAGGACAAGCAAUUGGCUGCGCUUUUGCCGAAAUACCGCCAACAACCCCUGAGGCCCCCGGAUGAAGAAUUCAACCCCCAUACCGUCAUCGCAUCAUCAAUCGAGCUCUUUAACUUCUACCGUCACUCUUUGCAACAGUGUGCUAAGCUGUCGACUGGUGGCAGUCUAGCAGAGCUGGCAAAGGUAUUUGCGAAAUACUUGGAUCAAUAUGCACAGCAGGUUCUCCUCAAUUACAUCAGCGAACGCCCUUCAGCACACACCCCAUCAAAGGUUCCGUCGAUAGAGGACUUAGUGUCGGUCCUUAACACAGCCGACUACUGCUACACCACAUGCAACCAGUUAGAAGAGAAGAUCAAGGGUCGACUUGAUGAGUCUCUGAAACAAAGCGUUGACCUGCAAAGCCAGGCAGACUCUUUCAUGGGAAUUGCAUCUGCUGCCGUGCGAGGCCUUGUUCGUCAGGUUGAAGUCCAUCUGGAGCCUUGCUGGCGAGAAAUGCGCAAUACGCCGUGGAGUAAGAUUGAAGCUGUGAGCGACCAGAGUUCCUACGUUGCUGAGCUGCUCUCUCAUGUUAAAGAGAAAGCAUCCGAGAUGCUGCAGUUGCUGCAAAAGCAGCAGUAUGCGCGAGCCUUUUCCGAUCAUGUUGUCGAGUUGGUGUCGAGUCUGUUCGUCAGUAAUAUCUUCCAUUGCAAGCCUGUUUCAGAAACAGGCGCCGAACAGAUGCUCCUUGACUCCUACACCCUCAAGAGCGGACUCUCAUCUCUCCUUCCCGCUCCAGCCCCAGCAGGCUUCGUCAAACGGGUCAAUACCAGCUUUUUCAGGAUCGAGACCCUCCUUAAAACCUUACAAGUCCGACCAUCACCUCCCGAGGCUCUUGUACAGGCAUACCUAAUUCACAUUGCGGACCGCAACAACAAUAACUUCCGCAAAAUCCUUGACAUCAAAGGCAUUCGCAGCCGUCAAGAACAGAACCACCUCGUCGAGCUAUUUCAACUGCACAAAGCAUCGGACCGCUAUGCUUCCAGCCUCCAACAAAGCAACCCGAUUCUCACAGCUUUACAAGGACCUCCUACGGCACCGACGACCGGCUCCGUCUCGCAAGGCCUUAGCCCGUCCCUGCCCUCUCGCUUCGACGCCUCCAUGCUCGGGUCAGCCAUCAUAUCAGCUGCCAAAGACGGUGUCGAUCGCUUCGGAAACCCCAGUCUGUCAUCUGGUGUUGCGGGUAUUACAGGGACUACCUCUAACAACAGCGUCCCCCGGGAUUCCGGAUCUUCGUCGCCCGCCCCUGCUACUGCACAGCAGGCCAGCCACGCGCAUACUCCAUCCGAGUCCACGGCUGCAGGUAAUUUGAACGAAAACUUGAAAAAUAUAGGAAAAUUCUUCCGCCGAGAUCUCGGUGGAUUUGGAGGUCGUUUCGGGGGCUAG